AUGGCCGACGAUUUUGAUGCUGGGGAUCUUUUUAAGGACCCAGAAGGGUACUAUCCUGAGGAUGAGCCGCCCAAAAUUGCUGAGCACACCAUGCUAUCGGGCCAGACAGUGCGCGUUCGCCUCGUCGGCAGCCACCCCCUCUACGGAAAUCUGCUAUGGAAUGCUGGUCGAACAAGCUCGCAUUACAUUGAACAGCAUGCCGAGGAACUCAUCCGAAACAAGGAUGUCCUCGAGAUCGGUGCCGCGGCAGGCGUUCCCAGCAUUGUGAGCGCCAUCCUGGGUGCUCGCACUGUGGUUAUGACCGAUUACUCUGAUCCAGAUUUGGUCUCCAACAUGCAGCACAAUGCAGAGUUGUCAGCCGGUGCCAUUCCUGCCAGGGAAGACGGAAAGCCCCGCCUUCACGUCGACGGCUACAAAUGGGGCGACGACGUAACCAAGCUGCAGGCGUAUUUGCCUCCUACUGCCGAUGGCUCUCCCCCAUUGUUUGAUGUCUUGAUCAUGGCGGAUGUCGUGUACAGCCAUCGCGAGCACCCCAAUCUGAUCAAGACCAUGCAGCAGACCAUGAAGAAGGACCCCAACUCUGUUGCGUUGGUCGUCUUCACUCCUUACCAGCCCUGGCUGCUGCCCAAGACUGAGCAGUUCUUCCCCUUGGCCGAGGCCAGCGGUUUUACUGUCACCAAGAUCUUUGAAAAGGUGAUGGAUGCGGUCUUGUUCGAGGAAGACCCCGGCGAUGAGAAGCUUCGAAGAACUGUAUUUGGAUAUGAAAUUCGGUGGUGCCAGCAUGAAUUGGAGAAUUUUAAAGAUUUAUCAACAGAUGCUUGA